UUCAGUGAUUCAUGAUGCACAGUAGUACCGCAUCAACAGAACGCGUCCGUUAUCAAUGUUUGUGGGUUUUGCUGCUGCCAAUGUAAACCACCACCAACCAUCGCCCACAUACGAUCUCGGUAAUGCCUAUAUUCUGCGCCAUCAUAUCACAGUCUUGCAACGGCGAUCGAGUUGCGUGCACAUCCGACCUACGAGAAAACAGAUGGCAUCAUUUACAUUUACCGACGUACCGAGCGAUUUAGCGGAACGUGGAUACGAUUUCCGCAACACCCUCGUACAGCUGACCGACCUAACGGACUACCCGUUGGCCGAGUGUCCCAACCCACCACCGGCCGCAAUGUUCGUGUCCAGCAAGUAUCGUAACUACGCCGAGCGGGUGCGCGACUUCCGCGUGUACGAGGAUGAUGUGUGGAUUGUGACCUUUCCCAAAAGUGGCACCACCUGGACGGAGGAGAUGGUCUGGCUGAUCAAUCACGAUCUAGAUUACGAGACGGCGCGCAAUGUUAAGCUCAACACACGCUCUACUUUUCUGGAAUUCGGUGCAAUUGCGGAUCGUUACGAUGUUGAUACGAUCGCCCUCGCCGCCAACAGGGAGCGUCCUCGGCAAAUCAAAUCCCAUCUGCAACUGCCGCUGCUGCCGCGCCAGCUGUGGACGGUGAGGCCGCGCAUCGUUUACGUCGCCCGCAACCCGAAGGAUGUGGCCGUCUCGUACUUUCACCACUGCCAGACGCUGGUCGGCUACCGGGGGGAUAGGGGAGCAUUUUUUGACGAUCUGCUGAACGAUCGCAUAACGUUCUGUCCGAUGAUACAGCACGUGCUGAGCUUUUGGGCGUUAAAGGACGAACCCAAUGUGCUCUUUCUCACGUACGAAAGCAUGAAAAGGGAUUUGCGAGGCCUUCUACCAAAGGUGUGCCAAUUCCUGAACAAAUCCUACACCGACACCCAGCUGGACGAGCUGGCAGUGCAUUUAUCGUUCAGCGAAAUGAAAAAAAACCCUGCCACCAACAAACACGACAUGGUACAGAACACCCUCAAGUCAAACCAACGUGAAGGUGCACCGUUUGAAUUCAUGCGCAAAGGCAUUGUGGGCGAUUAUCGUAACGAGAUGCCGGAGGAGUACAGCGAACGGUUCGACCAGUUUGUGGCAGAACAAACGGCUGGAAGCGAUUUCAAGUUCGACUACGAAUAGCCAA